AACAACCGUGUAUUUCGCGAGCAGUGCUAUGCAGUGACUGGUGCAGGUCGUUGAUACGAAGAAAGAAGUGUAUUUAUUCACAGUUUUUCUCUUUUAUUAAACAAGCCGAGUAAAAUAUUUACAUUUCUUGCAUAUCAUUCUUGAGAUUUCUGAUAAUACAGAGGUACAAAGAACACAGGAAAUGAGCGUUGCGUACCUAACUCAGAUGGCUACAGGAAAGCAUAAUUACAAAGAUGCAAUAGAAGAACCUGUAAUAUGUAUAUUAAAUAAGCAGAGAAAACCAGGAGUAUUAAAGUUUAUUGGUGAAACAAAAUUUAGUUCAGGUGUUUGGUGUGGAAUAGCGUUACGUGAUCCUUGUGGUAAGAAUGAUGGAUCUGUGGCUGGAGUUAGGUAUUUUCAAUGUGAAGAACUUCAUGGAAUAUUUGUAAAUCCUAAAAAUGUUUUUCCUGUUAAGAAUGAAUAUGAACAGGAUUUACAUGAAAUUACAUCGAAAUCAGCUAUGACAGAAGAGCUGUCACCUCCAGCCUGGGAGGAAUACGGCGCGAGUGAUUGUUUUGAAGAUCAGUAUCGACCAAGAUCAAAAUCAGAUCUUGUAAUUAACGAAAAGAAAGCUGAUCCUGGUAUAUUUAGUAGCAGUCCAUUUAAAUGUAACAUUCGAAAUACAAAAUCAUCAUCACUUUCAAAACUGAACAAUGUAACAUAUAUAUGUCCUUCACCAGUUUUAAAGGAUAAUGAUCGAAGGAGUGUGUGUGAUGAAACACUCAAUGAUGAGAGAAAGAACGAGGACAUCGCAUUUAAAAUGCCUAACGUUUCGCACCUUCGUAGUGAUUUGUCUCCUAAAUUCGAAGUCAAGCAAUCUAUCAAGUUGGAUAGCAUAAACAGUGCUCGAUUUCCAGCACCAGCAAAUUUAGACAAAGAUAAAGACACUAACCUCAAUAAGACAUUUCUGGUACGUGCGAAGAGUCCUGGGGCAGGGAAUGAGUGUGAACAACUUUGUGAAACGUCAGGAAACGACUUGAAUGAAAAAACAGUUAAAAGUGACGACUUGCAGACAAAACCGACUCCUUCAUGCACUGAUCUGCAAAAUCUGAAUGCUUCCUCCGCAAGUAUGAAUGAAAGUGACGGUGAAAAUACAAGACCUAGAACGGGAUCUAAAUCAUCUUGGUCUUCUGUGGAAAGUCUUUCGUCUGUAGGUUCUGUCAAAUCAAACCGGGAAAGAAGUCGUUUGAAUGGGACAAAAACUCCAAGAAAAUUACCAUGUCCUACUGAAUGUUCUAAGUCAAAGUUGGUAAAAAUAUCUGGCAAUAAGAAAGAAAAACCGAAAAUAAUUGAAAGAGAAACAGAAACCACUACGCAUGAAAAACAAACUUCAAAAUCUACCAAUAAACCUGGCGUAAAUAAUGUGAUCGACAAAAAGGGUAGGACAAAAUCAACCAGUGUCGUCGCACCACGGUCUGUACUGGCUAGUGCCACUGCGACCAAGUCCACCAUGAGAUCGAAGUCAAAGAGUGUGUCAACAGAUGUUAAAGACGUUCAACUAUUGGGUAAAAGCAAAUUGAAUCCGUCUAAAUUUGCAACACCACUCUCAUCAAAAAUAUCCGCAGCACCCGCCAAACGGCUCACCAGCACACCGAUUACCAAGAGAACUGUUGGUCUCGAGAAAAAAUCCCGACUCAAUGGUACCAGUGGAAGAAGCAGAUUAAGUCCAUUAUCUGGUAGUAACUGUGUUGAUAAACAAAGUGACGUUGGAAGUACAGUGUCCUCGUUGCCGUCUCGGAAGAAUUAUCAGAAAGAAAGUGAAACAAAACAAAAUGUGAGUAAAUCAAGAAACCUGUCAACCUCAUCGGCAUCAAAUAAAUCACUUUCUGCUAAAGCAAGGACUUUGUCGGUAUCAGCAGUGUCAAAAUUAGCUGGACAUGAAUCUAUAUCCACAAAAAAUCUUUCUACACCUUCCACUAUUAAAGAAGAAAUAAAACCUCGCACGAGCAAAUUAAGAAACGUUUCAACAUCAAAGGCUGAACACCAAACGGCAUAUGUAGCUAUAGUCGGGUUAGGCGGGCAAGAGCAACUCAAAGUGUUACAACAGAGCGAAAAUGUGAAUCAUGAUCAAAGCUUUUCGUCAGUAAGAACGAGUAUUCACAAUCCACACCGUUUGAGAAGACCACUAUCAGUUAGUAGUGUGAGCGAGAAUAUUUCAACAAACAGUAAAUCAAUUCUUCAGCCACGGAAAAUAAAACCAGGCGAACAGUUGUCCGUGAAAGAGAGACAAAACUCAGAUGAAUCUGUUAAGAAGAGACCUGUUAAAGAAAAAAUCGAAAAUACAAGCACUGGGCUGAAAAGUUGUCUCAGUUCAGCUGCUACACCUGACAUAUUAAAACAAACUCCAGAAGUUACCAGGCAUUCUAUAGCAAUUCAAGUUGACACUUUGCAACACGAUGAAGAAGAGAAACUACAGAAGACGAGAGAAGAAAAAAGAAAAGAGGAUUUGUUGUUAUCAUCUUUGGUUAAAAGAAAUCGAGAGUUUGAAUCUUGUCUUGUUGCUCUACAAGUUUAUGCCCAGAAAGUUGAUGUAGAACGAGAAAGCAUAUCAGUAUUAAGAAAGAAUCUAAAGUUUACGAAAGAAAGAUAUCACUCGACUGAAAAUAUGUUGGUGAAAGAAAGCAACCAACGAGCUCGUCUUGAGGAGGAAAUGUUGUCAGCAAAAAGUGACAGCGUUGUUGAAGUUGCUUUAUUAAGAGCAGCAUAUGAACGUAAGCAAGAGAUAAUCCAGGCUAAACUGAAAGAAAGUCAUAAGAAAGAUCUAGAAAAAGUACGAAAACAACAUAUGAAGUCAAUGGAGGAUGUCAAACAUAGUUGUGACCUAAAGUUGAAAAGGAUUGAAGAAACGUAUGUGGAAGAUAUCGCUCAGAUCAAUGAAACACACAAAGAUGUAAUCGCUGAAUUGGAAUCCCAACAUUCAAAACACGUCGAUGAUCUUGUGGAAGAACGUCAUGCAGAGAUUGAAAUAAUCAAGGCUGAUUACGACGAACAAUUUGAACGAAUCCAGGAAAGUUUAUCACAAUCAGAAAAGGCUUGUAAUGAACUGGAGGAGAAAUUGAGAGUUACCGAGGACGAAGCAAAGAGAGAUAUUGAACUACGAAUUCAGGACGCAAUUGCCAAAUACAAGAGUCUUCCGGAUGAACUUGAGAGUAUGAAGUUUGUUUUGGAGAUGAAAAAUUCCGAAGUAAAAAAUUUACGAAGAUGUAAUGCUGAGCUUCAGCAUAAGAUUGACGAACUGCAACAAAUCAAGGAACGUGCAGCUUUACUGGAACGUGAAAAGGAAUCCUUGAAUUUCGUUGUUGAGAAUAAAGCUUAUUUUGAGAGACAACUUUCUUUGGAGCGAGAUAAACUGCGUUUGAGCCUGGAUCGAGAGGUUGCGACGUCAAAAAGACUUUCUUUAGAAAAAGAGGAGUUAGCGUGGCGUUUAAAUUCUUAUCAGAAUUCACCGACAUCACCAACCACGGGUACAGAUCGUUUCAACUGGAGAUUGUCUGGCUUCAAUAGUCCUGAUAGUGCUGUUUACUCGCAGAGGAUCGAGGAAUCUGAUUUUGAAUAUCAAAUUAACGACACGAAGGAAAUUGAAAAUUGAUCAAUAUAUGUCAGCAUCUUGAUCAAGCCUGGCUCUUUUGAGGAUUUUGGUGUUUUACAAAGUGUAAUGCUUUGGUUGAAGAUGAUAUUUUGUCAAUUAACGUAUUAAAAAAUAAAAUAAAAUACAUAAAUUUUAUAUCUUGAAACUUGAAAGAAGCAGUUAUAGUUCUUAUGAAGCGUAUAAUGUUUAGUAGGCUGUAAGAACUCCAUAUUCUAUUUGAAAAAAUUAAAGACUAUUCAUUCAUUUCACAUUCAAAGUAAAAUAAGUGUGCAUGUCUUCAUAUACUGGAGUUAUGA